AUGGGUACCACUAUCUCUAUCCAACAAACAGUCACCCUCAGUUUGGCAUGUUUUGCAUCGGGAGUCUUCCUUGGUAAAUACCUCUUUGGGGGACCUGUUUGUGAAUAUGAAUAUGAAGAAGAACUGGAAGAAGAGGAAUCUGAUGAUGAAGGAUUAGAAAUUGAUUCUAGCUCCUUGAAUGAAAUACCUGGUGAAUGUAAGAUGGUCUUGGUUGUUCGUCAAGAUUUGAAGAUGGGUAAGGGUAAGGCUGCCGCACAAUGUCUGCAUGCCACUUUGGCACUCUACAAGAAGAUCAGUAACCCUAAUUCGGAAGCUUACAACCCAAACAUGUUAAACAGAUGGGAGUAUGGGAAUGGACAAGCUAAGGUUACUCUUCAAGUUCCAAACCAAGAAGAGAUGGAUAUUCUUUUUGCUCAGGCCAUUUCUAUGGGUGUAAAUGCUCAUAUUAUUCAUGAUGCUGGUAGAACACAAAUUGCUGCUGGAAGUGCAACUGUGCUAGGCUUGGGUCCAGCUCCAAAAUCCGUUUUAGAUCAAAUUACUGGAUCAUUGAAGUUAUAUUAA